UUGUUCGAACUCCUCUCAAACAAAAGAGGAGAGAAAGCUAGAGAUGAGAACUCGAUUUCACGUCAUCGACUGCUUCAAUCCUGCACCACUUUGUGUUCUAGCAAACCUAGAGUUCCUCCUCCUGCCACUGCCCCAGCUUCCGCCUUCGCCUUCUCCUUUCUCUACGGUCGAAGAUCUUCACUGCUUCGAUCACGCAUCUUAUCUCCACGCUCCUCUCGAAAUCGAGACGUUUCAGAUUGAACAUUCUCUAUCUAAAUUGUUAUCCGAUAUUCUCCCUUGCGAUAUUGAUGCUGGAGUUGCAGAUAUCGUUGACGCUCGGCCGUCCUCUGAAGAUGCUGGAGCUAGCCAGAUAUGGACUUCUGAGGAGGAUAAUGUUCCAUUUUUUGGUUGUAUGGAUAGAGAUGGACUUCUCCUGUUUGAAGUGCCAGAGCAGGAUCUUUGUUUGCAAACUGAUUGCUUCCCUGGAGAAGACAGGCUUGAACUAUUUCUUGCGCACGUGAAUCCUGAAAAUGAUAAGGGUAUGCUCCUUCCAGUUAUUCAAUGUCCAUCUAAGAUUCAAGAAUCUGUUUAUAUGGUGGAUGAGAUUAUUCCAGACUGCGAUUUUGAGCAGAAGGCGUCUCCUCCAGAAUGCACCGAUUCUUAUAAGAACCAGAUUCACAUGUUUCCUUUCUUUGAGGUAGAUGAUAUUAGUCUGGGAUUGUUUGGAAACAUUCCUGUUAUGAAGGAUACUUUUCUUCUUGAAGAUAUUGAACCUGAGCCCUGUCCACAAACGGGUGGAGUACCUGUUAGUUGCAAUGAGCUUUUGAGUUCUGUGGACAUUGACAUCACAAAGCAUGUCUUCAAUCAAGGGUUUACAGACCAGGACCUUGGAGUUGAUUUGUCAUUCUUAAGCUUUUCUUCGGAGAGUGAUUUGAUAAGCAUCAUUGAGUACUCAAUGAUCAAUCAAAGAUACUCAUUCCCAAAUGGAAAAGUAGAUGAUAGUUUUGUCUUUCCAUCAAUCCAGUUGACUUUUGAGACAAUCCAAUUUCUUGAUAAUGACAUAUCCCAUAGUUUUGAUGUCUUUUUGAAUUUUCAAGGAGUCUGUGAACAAGGAUAUGAACAUAUGCUUGCCAAGGCUACAGAUUCUAUGAAUUUCAAUGAUUUGAUUGUCGGUCCUCAACUCACCUUAGAGGAUGGCUUGUUCAAGUCACUACCAAUUCCUACAUUUAAUGAUGAAACAGUAAAGUCUAUGGAUGUAAUUCUUGAGGAAAUUCUAGAAGCGCUGAAGCUAGAGCCUCAUUCUGCAUCCAACGAGAUUUAUUUAGAUUGGCAUCUUCUUGAAGAAGGUUAUAAAAACAGUUAUAGCUUUUCCUUUUGUUGGGAAAAAAUGCUGGUUAUAGAUGAUUACAGCUCAUAUUCUGUUACAGAAUUUGUUAAUGAUGGAAAAAUGGUCAUCGAUAUUAUUUCCUUAGGUGAUAAUUCAAAAGGGUUGAAAACAAAGGAAAACAAGGAAUCUUUGACCUUAAAUACUGGAUGCUUAUCAAAUGAGAGUGUUUUCUCUGGGAAUAUUGCUGCCAGUAGAUUGAAAGGAGAAAGUCAAAAACCUACUGGUCUAUCUGACACUAGUGCUGUUCAACCUUCCUUGUCCAAAGCAAGACACCAAAUUCAUGAUCUUAAUUUUCUCUUAAAUCAUCAGGAGUCUUCAGAGAAGAUCUGUCAACCUGCAGAGACUUUGUCUAGUAAGAAAACUACAUUUCCAUUGGGAUCAUCCUUUGAUCCCACUGAUCCAUUUCCAACAGUUGAACUGAAACUGCAGAAGUGGGAUUUCAAGUUGCAUGAAGUAAAAUUAUCUGAUAAUUUUCUGAAAGUGCUAAAUGAUUGCCAAGAAAGCUAUCUAGCAUUGUUGAAGAGUGACAAGUAUUCAGCAAGAGAACAGAAAUUGCCUCCAGAGCCGGACAUUAUUGAAUUGCUUAGGCUUCCUAAAGAAAAGUUAACAAGCUGCAUUUCUUCUAAUGUUUAUGAUGACAAAGACAUGGUAUUUAUCGCAAUCUGUGCAAUUAAGCAGUUGGGUUGGUACUUGUGUUAUUUUGGAAUCCAUGCAGCAUUUCACUAUAUAGAUAAGUUGUGUGGAUCUGUUGACAUCUUGAAGUGCAAACUUAGUUCUCUCUACAAGUUGAUUGCAGAUAUGCAUAAGAUAGCUGACAGUGACAUUAUCGAAUCACAUCCAUCUCUUAGGACAAUACAGGAGAUUUUGCUGUCCAGUGGUAGACAGGCUACAAAAUUUCUACUGGUGUCUGAUCAAGUCUUCUGGUGGCCAUUAAAAAAGCUGUUAAGUUCCCUGCAGAUACUAUAUAGUGAUCAGCAAAUCAUUAAUGAAAACACAGGUCUUCAUGGCAUGUCCUACAUUUGUAAUGAUGCGGACAUUAUGCAGGGUUCGGAUUGCUAUUUGGUUUCCAGCGAGAAUAUCUCUGCAUCAUUCCCAUUUGAAAAGUUUCACAUUAUCUUGGAAUACGGAGGCUCACGCUCCUCAUCCAGAAUAUCCUCUAUAUCCCAAAAGUUAUCUGCCUACCCUGUUCUUCACUUCAUCAAGGUUGAGCUGGAGGAUACUUGUGUGCAGAAAGCACCAUGUAGAGGUCCUGAAAUGCCUCAGAAGAUUGAUUUCAGAAUGGAUGUAGAUCCUCCCAGGCUGAAUCUUGGAGACAGCUUACAGAAGUUAGAACACAUAGUGAACUUUGUGCCUGAUGAGAUGAAGUGUGACGGAGGAUCUACUAGAGAUGGAAUGGAAUCUUUCAAUGGAUCUCUGAGAGCUCCUCCUGAACCUAUGGAGAAAAAUCAUAGACUUAUGAACACUACUUCGUUUCUGGGGAAAGUCAUCAUUGUAAAUACUCAAAACCUGGAAAAAGAAAUGUUAAUUUCCAGAAGAAAUACGUAUCAGAGGAUUCUUACAAUGGAAAAAGAAGGAUUUCAGGUUGUAGAGCGAGAUCUAAAAUUGCCUGUCGACAUCAUUAUUUCUCCUGCAACAUGCUUUGUAUGGUAUAAUUGCAGAAAUAUUCAAACAGAAGCAUGUGCUUCUGGUUCUGCUGCUUCCUGCUUACCUCUGUGCAUUGACAACAUUGCAGCCAAUGUCUUAACCUCGCUGAGUUUUGCUUUCACCGGCUGCAUUAUGGUAUUUGAAGGAGAAUCUGACUUCCUUUCAGCUGCAAUGGAGUCAUCAGAUAAACUCUAUGCUGCUGCAGCUAGCUUGAGAAUUGUUUUGCAGAUCUUCUACUCGUACACUUCAGAGUCAACAAAUCAAUUUAUAUUGAACUGUAUUUCAUGUUCCAGUAAGUCAAUUAACGGUGGAUAUCCUGCAAUGCCUGAAUCUGAGAUGCUAGCUGAAUCCUUUCUUACCAUGUUUCCUUCAAUUAAUCCACUCGCAGCUCAUGCUAUUUUGUCAUCAGGAGAUCCUCUUGCCCAGUUUCUUCAAUAUUCCCAUGACAGAAGGGUCCUUGCAACGCAUAAGUAUCACGUUCCUGAUGAGAGCAUGGGCCUAUUAAGCACUUUAUGCAGAUAUGGGGAGCGAGAUGAUUCAAAAUCUGGAAUGACUGACUGCUCCUCUUCAGUGUCCUCUGCUCCUGAUUUGGAGAACUAUUGUUGCAGGGGAGAUUCUGAAAAGAAGAAACAAUCUAGAGAUAAAUUACGUCGCUUAGAAUCUGAAACACAAUAUCCUGAUCACAGCCUAAGUUAUAUAAAGGAACCAAGACGCUACAAAGAUACUGGGACACUGGCCGAUGCUAACUCACUUUUUCAGACUCUUAACUUCAGUGUCCCGAAUGUUGAGAAAAUUUCCGGAGAAGAAAUGGGGUUUGUUGAAGGUCUAAAAUUUAAUAAUUCUAGGGGUUACAGAUCUCUUGAUCUUAUGGAUAAUAAGUUGUUUACUCUUGAAGAGGGAAUUGAUAAAUACUCGUGCCACGAAAAGGAUUCCAUGUAUAAUUCGGUGAAUCUUGGGCAGGACAUUAGAGGUGAAAUUGUCAACAUCAAGAAGAAUAAGGUUUUAGAGUCAACCAUUUCCUUUUCUAUCCCAAAAUUGGAUUUUGAUCAUGUGGAGGCAGAUUCUGAGACGUCAAGAAAAUCAUCAUGUAGUAAUUUUCUUCUUCCUUUCUCUACAACUGCCGAUAUCAACCCUGAUUUCUGUAUGUGGGAUCCUGGAAAUGAUCUUGACCACAUGAUGAAAGAAUUUGAUCAACAUACAAAUGCCAAUGCCAUCAAGUAUAAUUUUCCUAUGAAGCAGCAUGAGAAGACCCUCCAUGGGUCAAUGCCGAAAGAUGAAAAUUUUCAUAUGCAGUCAGUUCAGGAGAAGGAUAUUUCAAGCUACAGGACACCUCUUUCCAUGGCAAUUCAUUCGAAUCAACAGCAACAAGGAUCCCCUUGGACUAUAGAAUUUCUAAAUAGAGUGAGGGAGAAAAGCAGGUUGCACCGUCAAACAGUUCCAUGUGAUAAAUCACCCCUUUAUUUUGGGCGUCCUGACAAUAUUUCCAGAGGGAAGAAAAGAAAAAGUCCCUCCAUUCUAGACUUCUACAAGUAUCAAGGAGGUACCUCUAACAGAAAGACCAUCGAACCAAAGAAGCAAAAAGGGUCAUUGCAACCAUCUAUUUUGUCAUCCAAUGAGAAGAAAUCUGGCUUUCCUAAUCCAGCAUGGACUCCACUAGACAAGAAAGCUAGACAGACAUUAUCCUUCUCAACAGGUGGAGGAAGAGGGCAGGCUAAGUUGAUCUGGAGUGACAGUGAAAAAGAGGCUGACACGACAAACAGACGAUUUAACCACUCGAUUAAUUAGCUGAAACCAGUGACACUCAUCAUAUAUGAUCAACAUUAUUGGACUUGGUGGUUUCAUUCCUUCAUAUAACUACAUCAUGAACUGGAAGUUUUUUAUUGUUUAUCUUUUUCUAAUCACCUACAAGAAGCUCUAAAUUUAACCUGAGAAGAACUUCCCAUUUUUCUGUUGAAGCAUAUCUUUGUUUCUUUGAGCUCCAGUAAGAUCUAUAGCUAGGCCACAUUUUGUUCAGCUAAAGAAUAUUCUCUUCAUAAUAUCCGGUAAGCUCCA